GGCCAGACUAAAUAGGCAGGUUUUUUAAUUCACGUUUAAAAAUAUCAACAAAAUGUUUUUUCCUUUCUUUAAUUGUGCAUACAACUUAUGUUGCUUAGUUGCUUAAGUAUGUUUUUAUUAUUAUUCAUAUUUAUAUAUUUUUUUUAUUCUGCUUCUUUUGAUUAUGUAUGUAUUUAUUUUUGUUUGUUUAGAUAAUUUAUUGGGGGUGGAAGUGUGGGUUUUUAUGUAUGUUUGCUAGUUCAAACGAUUCAAAAGCCAAUAAUCGUAUAAGGGGAUAAAAUCAACAAAAUGAAAAUGACAUCGACAUGAUGCAUUUAUAUCAUUGUGUCAUUUAUAGAGGUAUUGUAAUUGAAUGAAGCAAAUAAUUCAUCCAUAGUAUAUUUGUUAUUAGGUCGAAUAUGUGUCAUUUUCAUGGCGUGCACUUUGGCAUUAUAUUGUUUUACUUUUGAAAGCUCAAACCGGAAGUUAGCUUAGUACCAGUUAGCUUGUUGGUUUAGUCGUUAGCCGCUGGUCUCUGUCAUGUCUGCCGCACACACAACAACAACAACAACAACAACACUGCACCGUUAGCGACCGCGGCUCGUCACGCGUCCACAGCCGGUUGACGAUUUAAAUCUGAGGCGGAAGAGUGAGAUGAAAUGACCACGUCAACUCUGCAGAAAGCGAUCGAUCUUGUGACCAAAGCCACGGAAGAAGACAAGGCGAAGAACUAUGAGGAGGCCUUGCGCCUGUAUCAACACGCCGUGGAGUAUUUCCUUCACGCCAUCAAAUAUGAGGCGCACAGCGACAAGGCGAAGGAGAGCAUACGAGCCAAGUGCAUGCAGUACCUGGACCGAGCGGAGAAGCUCAAGGACUACCUGAAGAACAAAGACAAGCAGGGCAAGAAGCCCGUGAAGGAGGCGCAGAGCAAUGACAAGAGCGACAGUGACAGCGAGGGAGAAAACCCUGAGAAGAAGAAACUGCAGGAGCAGCUCAUGGGUGCCAUUGUGAUGGAGAAGCCCAACGUCCGGUGGAGCGAUGUGGCCGGACUGGAAGGAGCAAAAGAAGCUCUGAAGGAAGCCGUCAUCCUGCCCAUCAAGUUCCCUCACCUCUUCACAGGCAAACGGACCCCGUGGAGAGGAAUCCUCCUGUUCGGGCCUCCGGGGACGGGGAAGUCCUACCUGGCCAAGGCCGUGGCCACGGAGGCCAACAACUCCACCUUCUUCUCCGUCUCCUCUUCCGACCUCAUGUCCAAGUGGCUGGGAGAGAGUGAGAAGCUGGUGAAGAAUCUGUUCGAUCUGGCUCGCCAACACAAACCCUCCAUCAUCUUCAUCGACGAGGUCGACUCGCUGUGCGGCUCCAGGAACGAGAACGAGAGCGAGGCCGCCCGCCGCAUCAAGACGGAGUUCCUGGUCCAGAUGCAGGGAGUGGGAAACAACAACGACGGCAUCUUGGUGCUGGGAGCCACUAACAUCCCCUGGGUGCUGGACGCUGCCAUCCGCAGAAGAUUCGAGAAGCGGAUCUACAUCCCCCUGCCCGAGGAGCCGGCUCGCUCGCAGAUGUUCCGUCUCCACCUCGGCAACACGCCACACAGCCUGAGCGACGCCGACCUGCGGCAGCUCGCCCACAAGACGGACGGCUACUCGGGAGCGGACAUCAGCGUCAUUGUGCGCGACGCCCUCAUGCAGCCUGUGAGGAAGGUGCAGUCGGCCACGCACUUCAAAAAGGUUCGCGGUCCAUCCCGCAGCAACAACCAACUGACGGUGGACGACCUCUUGACUCCUUGUUCCCCCGGCGACCCUGCAGCCAUAGAGAUGACCUGGAUGGAUGUUCCCAGUGAUAAGCUACUGGAACCCAUCGUCUGCAUGUCGGACAUGCUGCGCUCUCUGUCCACCACCCGUCCCACCGUCAACACUGAAGACCUGCUGAAGGUCAAGAAGUUCACAGAUGACUUUGGGAUGGAGGGCUGAGGGGCGGAGCUCCACUGGCCCAGCCCCCUCCUCCUCUUCUUCUUCUUCUUCUGCUUCAUCCUGUAGACCUUCAUCUCUCAGCCGAACGCUCGGGGUCGCCCCCUCUCGUGGAUUGAAAUAAAAGGACUGGUUUGGUUGACCGGAAAAGAAGAAAUCCUCUAAUCAUCCAGGCUGGUGUUUUAUUUAAUCUUUAAAUCCUUGAAGGACGUUUGACCAAAUGCAACAAUGAAAAAAAAAAAAAGUUCAGUGAUGGUUG